GUGACACUCGGUCAACCAAAACAAAACUCUCCCUUCCCCCCUCCCAAUCUUCUUAAGUGCACAUGCCAGUCCCCUUCCUCGAAGUCACUAGCUAAAACCUUGAAGGAAGAGGUGCACGCACUUAAUCAAGGUUCCCCACACACACACACACUCUAUCUACUGUUUAUUCCUCCCUCUCUAUAUAUCAAUCUCUGAGGUCUCCGGAAUCCAUGGAUACAAAGGUCAUCUCAACUGGAAUCCGCUACUCAAGCCUUCCGGAAAGUUAUAUCCGGCCGGAAUCAGAAAGACCAAAACUUUCAGAAGUGUCCGACUGUGAAAACGUUCCGAUUAUAGACUUGGGUUGCGGUGACAGGGACCUAAUAGUACAACAAAUAGGCGAUGCCUGUCAGCAAUAUGGCUUUUUUCAGGUGAUAAAUCAUGGAGUGUCCAAGGAAUCGAUAAAGAAAAUGCAAAGUGUGGCUAAUGAGUUCUUCUGUUUACCAGUAGAAGAGAAGAUGAAAUUGUACUCUGAAGACCCAUCAAAGACCGUGAGACUCUCCACUAGCUUUAAUGUGAAGAAGGAAAAGGUUCACAAUUGGAGAGACUUUCUCAGACUCCACUGCUACCCAUUGGACAAGUACAUGCCCGAGUGGCCCUCAAAUCCCUCUUCUUUCAAGGAUAUUGUGAGGAAUUACUGUACAGAAGUUCGGGAGCUUGGGUUCAGGCUGCAGGAAGCCAUAUCAGAGAGUUUAGGGUUGGAUAAAGACUACAUAAAGAAUGUGUUGGGUGAACAAGGACAACAUAUGGCUGUUAACUACUAUCCUCCAUGUCCAGAACCCGAGCUGACUUAUGGAUUGCCAGGGCACACUGACCCCAAUGCCCUCACCAUUCUUCUUCAGGACCUACAAGUUGCAGGCCUUCAGGUUCUUAAGGAUGGCAAGUGGGUAGCUGUUAAUCCUCACCCAGAUGCUUUUGUCAUUAACAUCGGUGAUCAAUUACAGGCACUGAGUAAUGGGAGGUACAAAAGUGUUUGGCACCGAGCCAUUGUUAAUGCCGAUCAACCAAGGUUAUCGGUGGCUUCUUUCCUUUGCCCCUUCGAUGAUGCACUAAUCUGCCCUCCAGAGGCACUGACAGAGGAUGGAACUGGAGCCUUAUACCGGAGUUUUACGUAUACAGAGUAUUACAAGAAGUUUUGGAGCAGGAAUCUAGACCAGGAGCAUUGUUUGGAACUUUUCAAGAACUAAUUGUCCUUCCGCCUUUUGCUUUGCACCAGUCCUUGAACUCUUUACCUUGAUAGUGCCAUUAAGAGUUUCAACUCAAGUCCCAAGCACCAAAAUUGUUAGGGUGUGGGAGGAACUAAUAAUACUAAAGAGUGGUUUCCCUACAAUUAUUUUUCAACUGUAGUUUCAAUUGCUUCGUUCCAAAUGACGGUGGUAUGCAAAGAUGAUCGUCAUCAUCAUCAUCCUUAUCUUAAUCUCGUACAAAUGGAAUCUGGAAAGAUGCUGAUAUGUUUUCCGAAGACUUCAAAAAUUGCAAUUCCUAAAAUGUUCUUAAAUUUUAAUUUUAAUUUUAAGUUAUGUGGUAGUAUGAGUGGCAUGUUAGUUGCUCAAACUAUUAAGGUGAGUAGGAAGGUGAUCCGAAUUUUAUUAUUUGGAUUUCGGAACUUUAAUAUUUAUUUUUUGUUUUAUGUCCAACUGAUUCAGAAAAGUGUUGUUGUCGUAUGUUGGAUACGAACCUACUUCUAUUGUUUAGUUUAUUGCUUCAUAUUGCAUUUCAA